AUUGUCUGGGACAGGCAGUAAACAGACCUGCAACAGGCUCCUUUUAAACUGCUCAAGGAAUCAAAAACCCUGUUCUCCAGUAAUGAAGUGAGGCGUCGUCGAUGUCUGUUCUUAAACCAGGCAUCUUUAAAGCCGUCCACAGUGUUACUGACUGAGGAGCUGUAACGCUGACAUUAAAGCAACUCCCAUAUGGGACUAUGUGAUAUGAUAAUAUAAUAUUUGCUCUCGGGCUCUCCUAAGCUAAUACAACGCGGACAGAAGCAGAAGCAGAUGAUGAUCAGUAUAAACCCAGCACUUCUGAUUCACUGGGAGAGAAGACUAGUUCAAACCAGCACCAAGGCCUCUGACAUUAUUGAUACUGGGACGUCAAUGACGUCGAUCUGUGGCUCUGGCUUCUGGGAGAGAGUGUAUGUGAGAGAGAGAAAGAGAGAGAGAGAGAGAGAGCGAGCGGGGCAGAGACUGGGGAGAAACGAGCCGCAACAGAUGCGGGAGGAAGACGGUGACUUAAGCGGAGCCACUUAAAGACUUCAGGGUUUUUGCGGCACUUUUUCAUUUACUGUCGCCUCGUUCUACAACUUGGCUUUUCGCCGCUGACGCGUAUUCGAGCCGGUGCCGCCGCCGCGCGCAGGAACCCGAGAGGAGUCGCGCUGAGUGAAUCCACGAGGAGCGAAUAUAAACAGGGUCUUGGACGCGUCCAGUCUGCGACGCAACGGGUUUAAGUUUGGGAACACGCGAGUUAGCGAAUGCUCCGUGACAUUUGUCUCCCAACGCCGAUCAGAUUUAAAAUGGAGAACGUGUCCGUGGCCGCCGCCGCUGCGCCGUCAGUCUGCAGUGACUUGGUGGACGUUCACUCUCUAACCCUGGGCAACCACAGCAGCCUGAACUGCACGCUUCCCUCUGACUUCGACUUCUACGGGGACCUGUACAUCAUCUUACCUGUCAUCUACUCUGUGAUCUGUGCCGUGGGGCUGACGGGCAACACGGCCAUCAUCUACGUGAUCCUCAAGGCCCCCAAGAUGAAAACAGUGACCAACAUGUUCAUCCUGAACUUGGCCAUCGCUGACGAUCUGUUCACUUUGGUGCUGCCCAUCAACAUAGCUGAACACUUGUUGCAUUACUGGACGUUCGGUGAGGUUCUCUGUAAAGUCAUCCUCAGCAUUGACCACUACAACAUCUUCUCCAGCAUCUAUUUCCUGACAGUUAUGAGCGUUGACCGCUACCUGGUCGUCCUGGCCACCGUCCGGUCCAAGCGCAUGCCGUAUCGCACCUAUCGAGCUGCCAAGAUCAUCUCCUUCUGCGUCUGGGUCCUCGUCAUCCUCAUCGUCAUGCCCUUCACCGUCUUUGCCAGCGUCUACGUGAACCCGGCGGACGGCCGGAAGAGCUGCGUGCUCAGCUUCCCCAGCCCCGAAAGCCUGUGGUUCAAAGCCAGCCGCAUCUACACGCUCCUCCUGGGCUUCGCCAUCCCAGUCUCAACCAUCUGCAUCCUGUACACCAUGAUGCUCUACAAGCUGCGCAACAUGCAGCUCAACAGUAACGCCAAGGCGCUGGACAAGGCCAAGAAGAAGGUGACCGUCAUGGUGUUCGUGGUCCUCGCCGUGUGCCUGUUCUGCUGGACGCCGUUCCACCUCAGCACCAUUGUUGCCCUGACGACGGACCUGAGGACCACUCCGCUGCUGAUCGGGAUCUCCUACUUCAUAACCAGCCUGAGCUACGCCAACUCCUGCCUGAACCCGUUUCUCUAUGCCUUCCUGGACGACAGCUUCAGGAAAGCCUUCAAGAAGAUACUGGAAUGCAGGCUGGCUUGAUGGGACGUGAAACAGCACCCAGCAGAGUCAUUAUGAACGCAGGACUAAGAUCCGGUAAACAAGAGGCAGGAGAGGUGACGAACACCAGAACAUGUGACUCCAGAUUAGUCUGGGCCGAACUGUUGGCUGUAAAGAGUCCAGGAGUUGGUGGGUGAUUCUUUCUAAUGAGGAAUGUUAUUGUCUAACAAACCUGACAUAUGACAUGCUGUCCACCUGAUGACAGUCAGGGUUGGAACUGAGAAAAAAAGACCUUUAAAGGCAGAUUACGUAUGCAAACACUCACCUGCCCUUCAAAUAAGACGUUUCUGAAGCAAGGCAUAACGGCGCGUAAUGGAUGAACAUCACCAGGCCUGACAACAGUUAUGUAAAACGUGAGGCUUCUGUUCGGCUCUUGAUUUGUGUGUGAGCCUUUGUCGCCCCCUGCUGUUAAAACGGUUGUAUUGCCUCCAAAUGCGGCCAGCGCCGGCGCCGCACGCUCACAUUCAGCCUGGUUUCACGUCUGCAGUGUUUAUAUGUUAAACAGAGUAAAUACGUUGCUAUGUGCCUUAAGCAUCACUGAGACUCACAGACACUGGACACUGGACUUUGACUUUUAUCUCCAUCUAAAACACUCAGUUUUAAAAUGAUCUCAGAUCAAAUUAAAGGAAAUACAUGUACUCACACGUUCAGACUGUGACUGGAUCAGUCAAACCACCUGCUGAGGAAAAUGCACACUAUCAGUUCUUACUGGACAGGAUGCAGCUUUAUAUUAUUUUAAUUCUAAACAGCUUCUCUUUGUCUGUAUGUCAUCGUGCUGUACAAAGGAACACAGUCACAGUAACUCAUUAUAAUAUGAUAAAUGUAAAAUGUGUGAUGUGUUCCAUGGAGGUGACCGUGAGCUGCUCAUCCUCCUUCAUUAGCUGGGAUGUUGACGUGUUCAGCAGAGGUGACAUCCGUUUGUGGCCCCAGGGGGUAAGAAGACUUGGGAAACAUCCUGACCUGACCUGGUCUAAACAGCUGCUGGAAUAAAUAAGUCAGCAGAGAUACAGAAAAAUCAUCAGCUACCUAACAUUUACAACAAAUGGCAGUAAAUAUGCUGCAUGUAAAACUCUACAGUUCCAUUUAAUAUCCUUUAAAGCCCACUUGAGUGUCUUUUGUUUUCAGACUGUAAGUAAAUGUUCUUUUUGUCUAAUAAUGUACAAAUGUAAAUAGAAAAUGUGUCUGAUUUUACUGAGACCCAGGAUCAGAAACAGUUUAACAAUUAAGUUCUCCUCAUUACUGUGUCGUCCAAUAACGAGAAACUAGAGAAACUAGUGGCUGAACCUUCACAGGCUGCAGAUACAGAAUGCAGUAAAACCUCAUGGAUUUGACUGAAAUGACUUUGCAUCAACAAUAUGAACUCAACAAUUGUAACAUUACAUGUAACAAACCACAAUAUGAGCAGUCACCUCCAUAAGAUGGAGGUGACUGUGAUUAAGACAAGAAUUAAAAAUCCUGCACACGUUAA